CUCACCCUCCUGUCACGCACCGUCGCAAUAGAGAUCACUGAUAUCUUUACGGUUCAGCCCGGGGCCAGUGACGGUGGCUGCGGUGAUCGGGUAGCCCAAUUAGAUCAGUCGCUCAGCGAGGGCAUUGAAAGUCUUGAUGUGGCCCUGAACGCCAUUGACAACUAUAAUAACGAUAUCCGGGUUCGAAGGUCACUGGCGACAAUCUUUGGUAUCACAAAUAGCGGGCGAUUGAGGGAGAGCAGAGUCACCGCUGACGCUGUCCGAAGGGUCAGAAUGUAUAUCAACCAUACUAAAGACUUUUACAACCUUCAGUUAGGCGCGGGUAACGUGCCUUACUAUGAUAAGGUCGAAUUCUGGUUAUUUUGUGACAUUACUUUUUUGUCUUUGCAUAAACCUGCCUUCUCAGUCUCUGAUUAUCAGGGCGACGAUAUCUUGGACCAGAAUGGCAACCCGAUCCGCGUCAUGGACAUACCCUAAUAUGCCGCGCAACUUACCGAAGACCCAGAUAAUAAACCAUGGUAGACUGGCGAGGUCACGUACUUGAACGGCUACUAGUUCAGAAUUCGGCGGCAAUUACUGCUAUACAGACGACCUCGGCGUCACUGCGAGAAUUCAACCGUUCAGACAAGGCGCCAACGCCCAGGCUGAACCUGCCGAUGAGAUCGCGAGCGUCAUUGUUUGCCCAUACAGCUUCCAGGGAAGCCCGAGACCAGACAGUUACAGAGAUGCGAACAAUCUGCUCAUCGGUGGCACAAACCUUGCGGAUGCCAUCCCCAAGAGCGCGACUCUCCUUCACGAGGCUUUUCACGCUAUCCAUGAGUUGAAUUUCUGGGAGGCGUUGAGGAGGAAUGUGA